CUUUCAAUCUCUGAGUCAUGGGAGUGCAAUAAAUUGUCCUCUUUUCCUCACCUUUUUUCCUCCCUCGAUUUGUAUUCUCUCUUUCUGUAUUAUUGAUUCAUUCUUCAAUUCCCAAUUUCUCGAAUGGCUUCUCAGUCCAACGGCGCUGCGGCGCAACUCCAGAGAAUCGAUUCGCAACCUGAAAAUCCUUACUCGGGUCUCAUCACCGACCAGAGCUAUGUCGUCGUUCCCUCGUUCACCCUGGAAUCCGGCGUGACCCUCCACAAUGUCCCGGUGGCGUACACGACGCGCGGUAAAUUGUCCCCGGAGGGCGACAAUGCCUUAGUCAUCUGCCAUGCUCUCAGUGGCAGCGCGGACGUGGCAGACUGGUGGGGUCCGCUGCUGGGAGGACCCGGACAGGCAUUCGAUACGUCUCGCUUCUUCGUGAUCUGCUUGAACAGCUUGGGCAGUCCGUACGGAAGCGCUAGUGCCGUGACGUACAAGGACGGGAAACCCGAAAACGGCCUCUAUGGCCCGGAAUUCCCUCUCACCACCGUCCGGGAUGAUGUGAAGAUUCACAAAAUGGUUUUGGAUCACCUGGGCAUCCGCCAGAUCGCCGCCGUGGUCGGUGGCUCCAUGGGUGGCAUGUUGACUCUUGAGUAUGCCUUCUUUGGCAAAGAUUAUGUGCGCGCGAUCGUCCCUAUCGCCACGUCGCCUCGCCAUUCGGCAUGGUGCAUUAGCUGGGGCGAGGCUCAGCGACAGAGCAUUUACAGCGACCCGAAGUAUGAGGAUGGCUACUAUGACCUGGAAGAUCCUCCCAUCACCGGUCUGGGUGCCGCCCGGAUGUCGGCCCUUCUCACCUACCGCAGUCGUAACUCUUUCGAGUCCCGAUUCGGUCGCAACGUGCCGGAUCCUUCCAAGAAGCAGAACAUCAACGGCACCGAGAGACAGCCCAGCCCGCCCAAUGAGCACUGGGCCAUCCACAACGACGGUCACAAGAGUGGCCGAACCACCCCGAGCGAACAAAAUACGCCCGCAGCCCAGCCGACCGAGAUCCAGUACAUGGACCCGCAGUUCUCGGGGACUAAGACUUACAGCAAAUCCCUCGACAACAACACGGAUGCUAAGCGCCAGAGACGGCCGCCGACCUACUUCUCGGCCCAGUCGUACCUUCGGUACCAGGGCGAGAAGUUCGUCAAGCGAUUCGAUGCGAACUGCUACAUCGCGGUUACCCGAAAGCUCGACACGCACGACGUGUCCAGACACAGGGCCAGUCCCACCUCGACGGACCCGGUGAAGGAGGCGCUGUCGCAGAUUCAACAACCCGUUCUGGUAUUGGGAAUCGAAAGUGACGGACUCUUCACGUUUGAGGAACAGAAGGAGAUUGCCGCGGGCAUUCCUGAUUCGCGCCUCAAGCGGAUUGAAAGUCCCGAGGGUCAUGACGCCUUCCUUCUCCAGUUUGAGCAGGUCAACCAUUACAUCCUGGAAUUUUUCCGGGAGGUUUUGCCUGACAUCAUGGCGAAGGCCCCGGCCGACGGAGUGGAAGCGGUGGACGGAGUGAACACGCUAACCAAGAGCAGCACAUUCGGCGAGGCCGAGGUGGAAGACAUCACCGCCUGGUAAACACCGACUGGGAUGAUACGACCAACACUUGGCGCAUUCGUUGCAGCCUUGUUUCUACGAUCUGAUGCUCUGCGGAUUCCACGCAGGGGCUCCUCGGGCCGUCUCUCCCGGCGACCAACGGAAAACGAGAGACCGCGCCAUCAGGCUCCUCCCCCGGGACGCCGCCGGCAUCAGUAACCAUUGGGGAAGUAGCGGUGCAGACCUUUGUUAUUUUACUAUUCUAAGCCAGUCAAGAGAGAAGUGCAUCCAACUGCCUCUCUCGUCACCUCAUUCAACCGGUAAGGCUGUAAAAGAAGCAUCCAACUGCUCUCCAUCAGAUAAGCCCUCACAAAAGCGGUCUUCUAUCAUCCAGAGGUCCGUAGGAGGGUGGUGGGCAACCUUUUAAAAAAGACAUGAUCUUUUUUCCUCCUUCAACAGUAUAGAUAGAUGUUAGCGGUAGCAUCGAAAAAGACAUGAUAUUGGAAUUUUU